CCCCCCCCUUUUUUUUUUAACACUCAGUGCAAGAAAUACAGAAGCCAGUUCACCGAGGAGAAGAAGGCCGUGUAUGAAGAGAAGCUGGAGGCAAGUGAGCUCUUCAAGGAUAAAAAGUCCCUCUACCCAAGCAGCGUGAGCCAGCCCUUCAAAGGAGACUACCUGGAGAUCAGCAAGAACCCCAAGUAUCACAAGCUCAAUAGUUGCGUGGAGGAAAAGGUUCUGCUGGCCGACGUGGUCAACAAGAUCAACAGGGCCAAUGGCAAAGGCGCGAGUCGCAUUCUGCUGCUGACGAAGAAGAACGUGCUGCUGGCCGACCAGAAGACGGGCCAAGUGAAGGCCAGCGUCGCCCUGCCCGAUCUCGCCAGCGUGUCGGUCAGCACGCAGAACGACGGCUUCUUUGCGCUCAAGCUCAGAGAGGUGAGAGGCCCGCCAGACGCACGACGCAAAAACUUUUUGCUGACGUACGCUUAUUCACUUGCUUCCGAUCUCGUGCAAAAGUCAUACAUCGGCUCCACCGCCUCAGACGACGGCGUGCGGCUCAACAUCGACAUCACCGAUGAGUUUCUGGUCCAGUUCAAGCAGGACAAAGUGUGCGUCAAGUUCAUCCAGGGAGCCCCCAAGAACGGCAACGGCGCGUCCUGCAAGCGCAAAAACAACCGCUUGCUGGAGGUGUCGGUCCCCGCCACAGCAUAGCCCAAAUCGGGAUUCGGGAUUGUGCUGAUGAAGGACCGACGCCCGGCAGCGUCGACCCGCCCGAGUGACACGGCGCUUAUUUGGCUCUUUUUCUUCCCUUUCGUCAAACUUGCUCAGGCGCCACCACAGCUCUAACACUUUGUGCCAUUUUUGGUGGCCGAGAAAACGUGCCACAGAAAUUUGGGUUCAUCGGCGUCGGAAGACGGGAAAAUAAUUGGUUGCGAGCGGCGGCGCUCGCUCUGCCUGGAUGGGG